AUUCUUUCUUAUAACCCACCCCACCACAGUCUUUACCUUUUCCCUUUUAUUUCCGAAACCAAUCAGUGAAACAAUUACUUGUUUGUGUUGUCUCUCUCAUUCAAAGACUGAAGAAACGACAUCGUCUGUUAGGUUUCAUCCACAGUCAAAUCCAUGUCAAGCGAAGGAGACACCACUCUCAAGUCUAUCUGUUACAAGCCUGGCUCUCUCCAAUUACUCGAUCAGAGGAAGCUUCCAUUGGAAACCACUUACUUAGAGAUCCGUGAUACUGCAGACGGAUGGAAAGCAAUACAGGAGAUGGUUGUACGUGGUGCUCCUGCUAUAGCCAUUGCUGCUGCUCUGUCUUUAGCUGUUGAAGUUUUCAACUUUAAUGGUUUUGAUGGCUCAUCUACUGAUGCUGUUGCUUUUCUUGAUAACAAGUUGGAUUAUUUAGUGUCAAGCCGGCCAACAGCAGUUAAUCUUGCAGAUGCUGCAGUGAAACUUAAACAAGUUAUAAAAAACGCCUUGGCUACUACUGCCAUUGAACCUAAGUCUAUUUUCAAGGCAUAUAUUGAAGCUGCUGAGAAUAUGCUCGAAGAUGAUGUUGCUUCAAACAAGGCAAUAGGGAACUUUGGUUCAAGCUUACUGAGGCAGCAAGCCCAAAAUCCUGACAAGCUUUCUGUUCUAACACAUUGCAACACUGGCAGCCUUGCUACUGCCGGAUAUGGUACUGCCCUCGGUGUUAUACGUGCACUCCACACACAAGGAGUUUUAGAAAGAGCAUACUGCACAGAAACUCGUCCAUUCAAUCAAGGGUCGAGGCUUACAGCGUUUGAGUUAGUGCAUGAGAAGAUCCCUGCGACUCUCAUUGCAGACUCAGCUGCAGCUGCACUGAUGAAAGACGGUCGUGUAGAUGGUGUCAUUGUUGGAGCAGACCGUGUGGCUUCAAAUGGUGAUACUGCUAACAAGAUUGGGACAUACAGUCUGGCCCUGUGCGCAAAACAUCACGGGAUCCCAUUUUAUGUUGCUGCACCUCUCACCUCAGUUGAUCUUUCACUUUCAUCAGGGAAAGAAAUAGUGAUAGAAGAAAGAACAGCGAAGGAGUUACUAAACACACAUGGAGGACUUGGUGAACGCAUUGCAGCACCAGGGAUCUCUGUUUGGAACCCGGCUUUUGAUGUGACUCCAGCUGAGCUGAUCGCAGGAAUCAUAACUGAGAAGGGGAUCAUAACAAAGAAUGACAAUGAUGCAUUCGACAUAAGCAGUUUUGCCAAGAAGAUGACAUAAAAGUGAAGUUGUAUAGGCAACUUUUUGGUUUGCAGAAUGUUUCCUUCUUAUAUUAUUGCAACAACGCACAAUACUUGAUUACAAAACAAUCAGCUUUGUAAUGUUUUAAGCUACUGAAUACACACGAAAUAAAGAUUGUCCUGGAUUAAGAAAUAAUGAA